UCGCAGUGAAUGGCGCUGCAUGCAACAGAUGCCAGCGGAGAAACACAGCAACACAGAAAUCUAAACAGGUGUUAUUCAAACUUUCAUCGGAGCUGGCCAAGUAGAAGUUGUGACUAUGUUGCACGCGUCACAGUCUGCAUUUUGAUGUAGAACAUCCCUUGUUGCACAACAACUUCAACGCGCGCCUUCCAUCCCACCAGCUUUCAAAAGUUCCGCCCUCUGGAAAGACAGGUGGAGAUAUGAGCAAGACCAGAUCCAGCUGGGACAAGAGGGCCCCCCAGGGGCCUGCCCUCACCAGGGUGACCCGUAGCUGCAUUCCCCAGGCCAGGCACAUAGAGCCACCCCAGCCCCAGGACUCUGGGCCUGGCCCACAUGGGACCCAGCAGAGGAAGCAGACAGACUCAGCCCUACCCCUGGCCCAGGACCUCAGUCUAAUGAGUGUGAGUGGACAGGACACCUCACUACCACGGAAAGGGAGGGUGUUUAAGGGCAGCAGUGGCCCCAUCCAGGGGGGUCCGUCGUCCUCUGGCUCUAAGCCCACACAGAGCUCCCCCUCUCGGCCGGCAGUGAAUCCCUCUCCCCGGGGGGGCCUGGCUGCUGUGUCUCGGCUGGUGAAGCUGGGCCGCUGCAAGAACGUGGUGGUGGUGGCCGGCGCAGGCAUCAGUACGGCCAGCGGUAUCCCAGACUUUAGGACCCCGGGCACAGGGCUGUACGCCAACCUGGCCAAGUACAACAUCCCCUACCCGGAGGCCAUCUUCAACAUCGAGUACUUCUCCAAUGACCCUCGGCCAUUCUUCUCCCUGGCGAAGGAGCUGUACCCGGGCAGCCACCGACCCAACUACAUCCACUACUUCAUCCACAUGCUGCACCACAAGGGCCUGCUGCUCCGCAUGUACACCCAGAACAUUGACGGCCUGGAGAAGAUAAGUGGCAUCCCAGACGAGAAGCUUGUGGAGGCUCAUGGCAGUUUUGCAACUGCUUCCUGUCACCUGUGCUACACCCCGUUCCCUGCACAGGAGGCCAAGAGUGCCAUAAUGAGUGACGAGGUCCCGGUCUGUACAUUCUGCCAGGCCACGGUCAAACCGGACAUAGUGUUCUUUGGAGAGGACCUUCCUGAGAAGUACUUCCAGCAUUCUAAAGACUUCCCUAAAGCCGACCUGCUCAUCAUCAUGGGCACGUCUUUACAGAUCGAGCCCUUUGCCAGCCUGGUGAACACAGUGAGGUCCACGGUCCCGCGGCUGCUCCUGAACCGGGACGCAGUGGGUCCCUUUCAGAAGGUGCCCCUGAGGAGGGGCGACUACAUAGAGCUGGGCGACCUGCUGGACACGGUCAGGAGGUUUGCCGAAUUCCUAGGGUGGCAUUCCGAUAUCCAAGACCUGAUGACCAGUCAGGAAACUGGGACCAUCCCUACUCUGGUAAGCAGUGUUCCAGUAAGCAAUGUUCCAUCAGGAAAUGGCCGGGGCCGAGGAGGGCCCACCCAGACCAAAGCCACCGGCCUGGGAAGGAGAGGGGCGUCGGAGCCCCGAGGAAGGUUGCCCCCUAAGUCCAGGCCAGGGGCCCGGGGCCCCACCAAUGGCAGCAGUGAGGAGAGCGACUCAGAGACAGACAGCAAGAGCACAGUGUCAUCCAGCCCAAGUAACUGAAACUGAACAUGUCCCCUUGGCCCCCCAAAAAAGACACUCACUUUUAUUGGUUGAGGAAAUACUGGAAAAGGUUUGUGUCAGCGUCUGCUGACGUGUGCAUGUGUACAGUAUGAAUGUUUCAAAUCAAUGCAAAUUAGAAGCACUUAACUUUUUUCAAAUCCACUCAACAGCCCAUUCAAACGGUCACAUUUUCAGCACAUAAGUGAACCUCCUCGUUGUUUGAAAUGGUCGGCCAAAGUGAGGAUUCUGGGUUUGUCUGAAUGGGGUGGGGGUGGUGUUGGGGGCUUGGGCUUGUGCCCAGCUCGUAGAGGACAGUGGUAAAUUACCAUGGGAGGCGUGACCUCCUGAGUGUGCAGUGUCCCGCUGUGUGUGUUCUCACAGACACCGCUGCCACCGAGUGGGGGGCUCCAUCCAAAACUCAUAAAUGUCUCUGCCCCUCAACAAAGGAGUCAAGGACCCAAUAUCUGUGUAUGUGCGCAUUUGUGUUGGUUCGCGCUGUAUUUUUUUUAUGAAAGAUGAGAAACGUAUGCAGUUUGCUCUGAGAUACAGGUUCCAUGCUCUGUCAAUGUUGGCCAAAUGCAAGUAUUCCAUUUUGCACAAACUCAAUGCACACUGUUCUCCACAGGUCAAUUGUACACCUGUCUAUGCAGUACUACUCUGGGAUUCAACACUUCACAUUUUUAAUUAAAGACCGUUGAGCACUUGUAUUUAAGACAAAGUUAUCAGAUGACCCAAGACUUGCAUAAAUGGUCUAGUAGGGCAGUUUCCUUUUUCAUCAUCCUCAUGAAAGGUUCAGAGGUUUACAAUUUCAACGCAGUCAAAGUUUAUUCAACUACAGUAUAUAAGGGUUGUCCUUUAAAUUCAGAUGUUUGUGGGUUUUAACUGUGUACUUAAUGUAUUCCCUAUGGUUAGAUUUAUUUUGGACAGCACUGUAUUGUUUGUUAUAUUAAUUGUGCAAAACCCCCAUAAAUUGUCAACUUUA